CAACGUGUUAUCCAAAAUGCAAAAAUGGUGGGGAGUGCCUCAGACCUGGAAAAUGCAGAUGUCCACCUGGCUAUGGGGGUAGAUACUGUCAUAAAGUAAGCUGUGAAGGAGGUUGUCGAAAUGGUGGGGAAUGCAUCUCUGUCAAUGGAGUUGUGAAGUGCCUUUGUGCCUCUGGCUGGACAGGAUCAAGAUGCCAAGAAGCAAUUUGUCCUCAAGGUUGUCGCAAUAAUGGAGCUUGUGUGGCUCCUGGGAUUUGUAGCUGUCCAGCUGGAUGGGUCGGUGGAGCAUGUCACUUAGCUGUAUGUAAACUGCCUUGUCAACAUGGCGGAAAAUGCAUAGCUCCAAACGUGUGCAGAUGCCGACUGCCGUACUCUGGUCUGCAGUGUACAAAGAAAAGGAAGGAAUGA